AUGGAAAGAGCAACAUUUUUGUUGUUAUUGUGUCUCUUGGUUGGUUUAACAUCAACGGUGAAGGGUGAAGAUCCUUACUUGUUUUUCACAUGGAAUGUUACCUAUGGCACAAUCUCCCCUGCUGGAGUUCCCCAACAGGUUAUUCUCAUCAACAACGAGUUUCCAGGCCCCAACAUCAACUCAACCAGUAACAACAACGUCGUCGUUAACGUUUUCAACAACCUGGACGAGCCUUUUCUUUUCACAUGGGCUGGAAUCCAGCAAAGGAAGAACUCGUGGCAAGAUGGUGUUGCAGGAACAAACUGUCCCAUUAAAGUAGGAACAAACUACACAUACAAAUUCCAAGUUAAGGAUCAGAUUGGUAGCUUCUUCUACUACCCAAGCUUGGGGAUGCAAAGAGCAGCUGGCGGUUUCGGUGGCCUCCGUAUCAACAGCCGAUUACUCAUCCCCGUCCCAUACGCCGAUCCCGAAGACGAUUACACCGUCCUCAUCGGCGACUGGUACACCAAGAGCCACAGUUCCCUCAGCAAACUUCUCGACUCCGGCCAUUCCAUCGGAAGACCACAGGCAGUUCUUGUUAACGGCCAAAACGCCAAGGGUGAUGGAUCUGACAAACCACUCUUCACAAUGAAGCCAGGAAAAACCUACAAGUAUAGAAUCUGCAAUGUUGGUAUCAAGAACUCCCUCAACUUCAGAAUCCAAGGCCACUCAAUGUUGCUUGUUGAAAUGGAAGGCUCUCACACUGUCCAAAACAGUUACGAUUCUCUUGACGUUCAUCUAGGACAAUGCUUCGGCGUUCUUGUCACUGCAGAUAAAGAUCCAAAAGACUAUUACAUGGUUGCUUCAACCCGUUUCACCAAAUACCAUCUCACCGGAAAAGGUAUCAUUCGCUACACCAACGGUAAAGGUCCUGCUUCACCUGAACUUCCAGCAGCUCCAGAGGGCUGGGCUUGGUCUUUGAACCAGUUCCGAUCUUUCCGAUGGAACCUCACCGCUAGUGCUGCUAGACCUAACCCACAAGGUUCAUAUCAUUACGGUCAGAUCAACAUCACCCGAACUGUUAAACUCAUCAACUCCGUUAGCCGAGACAAUGAAAAACUCCGUUAUGCAAUCAACGGCGUCUCCCAUGUGGAUACCGAAACCCCUCUUAAACUCGCUGAAUACUUCGGAAUCGCUGAUAAGGUUUUCAAGUAUGACACUAUUCAGGACAAUCCAGCAGGCGUUCCAGUCACUAUUAAAAUGCAACCAAAUAUUCUUCGCUUACCCCAUCGUACUUUCAUCGAGAUCAUCUUCGAGAACCCAGAGAAAAGUGUUCAAUCUUAUAACUUCGACGGAUACGCCUUCUUUGCAGUAGCUAUCGAGCCAGGAACAUGGUCACCGGAUAAAAGGAAGACAUACAACUUGCUUGAUGCAGUGAGCAGACACACAGUCCAAGUGUUUCCAAAAUCAUGGGCUGCAAUAAUGUUAUCAUUCGACAACUGUGGAGUCUGGAAUUUAAGGUCCGAGCUAGCUGAGAAUCGUUACUUGGGACAACAAAUGUACAUCAGUGUGCUAACUCCAGAACGAUCUCUUAGAGAUGAAAACAAUAUGCCAGAUGAUCACUUGCUAUGUGGACUUGUUAAGGGUCUACCAAAGCCUGCUCCAUACAUCAACAACUAG